UGUACACUGGAACAGAGUUGUGAAGUUGUCUCGUCGCUACUCUACGUAGCCAUGGCCGAUUUGGAAGCCGUGUUUACAGACAUCUCCUACAUAAUGGCGAUAGAGAAGUCUAGAAAUCAGACAAUCUCGCGUUGUUCGAGGAACGUUGUCCUUCCGGACGCGAGCGUUCACAAUGUUAUGCAUUUGUACUUGAAGGAACGAGGGAGGGUGACGUUUGACCUCAUAUUCAGUCAGAAGAUCGGUUAUUCUUUGUACGUGGAUUUCUGUAGACAGAUCGACUUCUCGCCAGUUCUAUUUUAUGACGAGAUUUUGCAGUUCGAAAAGAUGGCCGACAAGGACGAACGUUCCGUUUUAGCUAAGACAUUAUUUGAUUCUUAUAUUAUGCCAGAUUUGUUAAUAAGAAACCAGCUAUAUUCUUCAGAGGCUGAGAAGAGUGUUAAAGAGCCACUGUUGAAGAAUGACAUUCCUCCAACUCUGUUUAGUUUAUACAAGUGUGAAUUAGAAAAACAUCUCUAUGCUGGAAACAACAAGUUUGAUGAGUUUCUUGUGAGUUCACAGUACGUUCGGUUUUGUCAGUGGAAGAACAUCGAGCUCAACCAAUCGCCGUCAUUGGACGACUUUGUUAUUCAUCGCAUCAUUGGACGUGGCGGAUUUGGCGAAGUGUACGGUUGUCACAAAAUGGACUCGGGAAAAAUGUAUGCAAUAAAGUGUUUAAAUAAGAAAUGGUUAAAAUACAGAAAAGGAGAGGCCGGAGCUUUGAACGAACGGAAUAUUUUAGCACGGGUCAACAACCCGUUUGUCGUCUGUAUGACUUACGCUUUUCAAACUACAGAGAAGUUGUGCUUAGUAUUAGAUCUGAUGAAUGGUGGCGACUUGAGUUAUCAUCUCAUGUAUUACAGACGCUUCUCAGAGGAUUGGGUCAAGUUCUAUGCCCGAGAGAUUAUUCUCGGCCUUGAACAUCUACACAACUUACAGAUUGUUUAUCGAGACCUCAAACCUGCCAAUUGUUUGCUCUCUGAAGACGGUCACCUGAAGAUAUCGGAUCUCGGGCUGGCUUGUGAUAUUUCGUCAUCGAAACCGUCUGAAAGAGUUGGUACACUCGGCUAUAUGGCUCCCGAAGUGAUUCAAAAGGAUGUGGAGUAUGACUGUCGUGCUGACUGGUUUUCGUUUGGCUGCAUGUUGUUCAAGAUGUUGACGGGGCAUUCUCCGUUUGGAAGUCGAGAUCGUGCAAAAAUUGACCAGCAAGUUGAGACAAUGGAUGUCGAGAUUCCAGAUGGUUGGUCAGAUGAAGUUGUCAUGUUGGUGCUGUCCCUACUGCAGAAAGAUCCUGAUUACCGUCUGGGACUUCAAGGAGCGGGAUCCGUCAAGCAACACCCAUUUUUUACUGGAACCAACUGGGACGAUGUGUUUGCACUGAAGUAUCCGCCUCCGUUCAUUCCACCAAGAGGAGAGGUGAACGCCAUAGACGUCGUGCACAUCGGAGUGUUCGUGAACGAUGAAGUGAAAGGAAUCAGGCUCUCCGACCAAGAUCAAGAUAACUAUAGAUCGUUUAACGUGGUGAUGUCAGCUCACUGGCAAAGAGAAAUGAUCGACACAACUCUCUUCGCUCUCGUUAAUCAAGAAGCAGAUCGCGCUGAAGCAAAGAAGCUUACCAAAAUGAAGAGAAGCAGUCCCGACCAGAGUUUGAUUUAUGACGUCAAAGCCGCGAUGCGACAAACGAACGAUUGCAUACUUCAAGGUUACAUGCGCAAACGGGGCACGCAGUUUAGCGUGAUGGUGUGGAAUAGGCGAUACUAUCGACUCUAUCCUAACCGACUGGAGUGGAGCGAAGACCAGCACUUGCCUGUGUCUAAUCUCAUAACGAUGGAAAGCGUUCAGGCGGUCGAGGAGAUGUGCGUUAAGCGUAUCAAAUGCGUCCGAUUGGUGAUGAAAGGAGAGAUGGGCGAGCACGUCCUUCGGCCGAAUAGCCAGAUAGAGUACGAAGUUUGGUUGAAGCAACUCGGUCUCGCUUUCGCGAACGUAGCCGACAUGAUCAAGUGUGGACCGAAGGCGUUCCAAUGCUCGUACAUGGAAGCGAAAAAGAACGGUCGUCGUGUGUUUUCCACGUGGCCUCGUCGCCGUCUGUCGAAGGUUCUCUCGAUACGGGCACAACGAGCUGGUACGGCGGUGUAAUGAUAGGUACAGUAUACAGACUUAUAUUUAAACUAUAGACUUUCUCUCUCUUUCGCUUGUUCGACUGAAUCUCAUUGAGAGUGACAUUUAUAUUUGCUAUGCUAUUUUUGUACCGAGUGUAUGUGUGUGCAGUAACACGGGCAAACGAUCUAUGUAAAUAUCUAGAAACGACAAAUGCAACAGCACCGCCAGCGG